AUGGGUCAAAGUAUAUCCUCAAUAUUUGAGGAAAUUCGAACACCUUCAACAAGAGAUUCCCCCUGUCAAUACAACACAGCAAAAGCGAUAUUUGUAACAAACUCUCAAGGGAUUGCGUCCUCUCUACCCCAUUCAUCGAACAUGGGACAAAAACUAUCUUCGGUACAGCCCAGAAAAGAAGACACUUCUCAUGCAAUAUCUGGAGCACAACACAAAAAGGAACCGACUUCUAGAGGGUUAGGAAGCCAAAGGAAAAUAAAUUUCGUUAAUGAAAGUUUUCCUCCUCUCCCUCAAUCUGAAAAAAGAAAAAUUUAUGAAAAGAAGGAGGACGCUGCCCCUUCUCUUCAAUACAAUUUUGCAGCCCAAUCUAGAAUGAAAAUUUCUUCGAUAUCAGAAAGUACGCCUCUAUACGUGACUUCCUCGUAUAAGGGAAGUUAUGGAAAAAUAAAAGAACAAGGAGACAAAAUUUCUCAAACCCUCUAUCAUUUAGACCAAAUUCUAAGCCCUGACCCUGAUAAUGUCAUUUAUGGUUUUUGGCAAUGUAAUCGUUGUGAAUUUAGCCCACCAAAAGAGAAAGAGGUGUUUCUGGGUCCCCUCCAAAUUUAUCAACAUAAAACUCCUGAAGUUUUGUAUAAUAAUUUCAAGAAGACUUGUGAUUGUAAAAGAGAAAAUAUGAUUACAAGUUUCCGCGUAUAUACACGACCACGAUAUUCGGGUGAACCCACCCUCGAGAUCAUCUUUCACUUGUUUUGGAGAGAUUAUUACAGAGUAUUUGGCGAAUUUAAAUGCCAAAAUUGCCGGAAAAAAUGGAAAAGCGCUUACAUUUGGAUAUUGUUAAAACAAUUUAUUAAUAAAACCCCAGGACCACAGUUAUGUGAGGGUGAUUUUUAUAUGCAAAAAUGUAAAAGAUGCAAUGGUAAAAGCUCUAUCGUCAAGUAUGAAUCUUUAAAAAUUUCAAAAAGGUCACCACCACAUAAGAAAGAAUUAUGUGUAAAGUGUCAAGCUGGCGAUUACU